GCAGACGACCACUGAAAUCGUCAGUGAUCCACCCAGUUUCUAGCGUGCGACUCCUUGUGUUGUGUCUAUCAUUUGUGUGUAGUCCUCUAUACAGUGUGUCUCUCACCCUUGGAACUCCGUCUUGUACUAUGAGUGUGUGAUAAGUUGUAAGAUAUAAUAAGGAGACACUGUGCAAGAGAACCUGUGAAACGGUGCCUUCACUUUGGAGUGCUUUCCGUGUGAGGAAGAGGACUUGGAGAGCGAGAGAGAGAAAGUGUAACACUAUAUAGGCGUGUGUGUCAGUGUGAGAAGGGAGUGUGGCAAAAAAGGAAGAGGAGACACAUCAGCACCAUUCUCGAUAGCACCUCCAUUCACGGAGAUGUCAUAUCAGCACAGGUGACGCCGCUGCAAUGAGGACGAUGCGUUAGCAGUGAGUAUGGGAUCAGAGGCAUGGGCGUGCGUGCAGACCCUGGGUCUUUCCGGUGGUGUCAGGCAUUAAGCCGGUCGCGAUCAAUCGCCACUACUCGAUCAUCUCCAGAGUGGACACUCCUCUGCCUCACUCUAUUUGCUCUAAUCGGAGGAAUUGCCGCAAAUGUAAAUCUCGGUGAAUUCGUAGCCCAGCAAGAUGCCGUGCAUAUUACUGCCAUUCUUGGAGAGAGUGUUGUCUUCAAUUGUCACGUCGAAUUUCCCGGUGAUCAUCCCGUUCCCUAUGUCCUCCAGUGGGAGAAGAAGGUGAGCGAAACGGGUCAAGAAAUACCAAUUUACAUUUGGUACGAAAACUACCCAACACACAGCGGCGAAGGCUACGAAGGACGAGUAUCGCGUGUGUCCCCGGAUUCAUCUUUUGGCGCAGCAUCCCUCAACUUGACGAAUAUUCGUGAGUCGGAUCAGGGGUGGUAUGAGUGCAAAGUCGUGUUUCUCAAUCGAUCGCCCAACAACAACAAGAACGGCACUUGGUUCCAUUUAGAUGUUCACGCUCCGCCGCGGUUUAGUGUCACCCCCGAGGAUAUAAUCUACGUUAAUUUAGGUGAUUCAAUAAUUCUAAAUUGCCAGGCCGAUGGCACACCGACACCCGAAAUUCUGUGGUACAAAGAUGCCAACCCGGUGGAGCCUUCUUCUACUGUGGGCAUCUUUAAUGACGGCACCGAGUUGCGCAUCUCAACCAUCCGCCACGAGGACAUCGGAGAUUACACGUGUAUCGCGCGCAAUGGUGAGGGCCAAGUCUCCCAUACGGCCCGUGUUAUAAUAGCGGGCGGCGCUGUUAUCAUGGUGCCGCCCACAAAUCAAACGAAGUUGGAGGGCGAAAAAGCUCAGUUCACUUGCGAGGCUAAAGCAAUGCCGGGCAAUGUGACGGUGCGAUGGUUCCGUGAGGGUAUUUCAGUUCAGGAGGUGGCCGCCCUCGAGACACGUGUCACCAUCCGAAAGGAUGGCACAUUGAUCAUCAAUCCAGUGAGUGCAGAUGACUCCGGGCUGUAUUUGUGUGAGGUGUCCAACGGGAUUGGCGAUCCGCAGAGCGCUUCGGCCUAUUUGAAUGUUGAAUAUCCUGCCAAAGUGACCUUCACUCCAACUAUACAAUAUCUACCCUUUCGACUACAAGGCGUUGUGCAGUGCUAUAUAAAGGCAAAUCCUCCCCUACAAUAUGUAACAUGGACCAAAGACAAGAGGUUGCUGGAACCUUAUCAAACACGAGACAUUGUGGUGAUGAACAAUGGCUCCCUCUUAUUUACACGUGUCAAUCAAAAUCAUCAGGGAAGAUAUACAUGUACACCGUACAAUGCUCAGGGUACGCAGGGCUCGUCGGGGCCCAUGGAGGUGCUCGUGCGGAAGCCACCCGUGUUCACAGUGGAGCCCGAGCCCAUGUACCAGCGCAAAGUGGGCGAGACGGUGGAGAUGCACUGUGACGCCCUGGAGGCCGAGGGCACGCAGAAGCCCAACAUUCAGUGGCAGAGGCGCGACGGGACGCCGCUGCAGCGCAAUAGAGUGAAGACCACCAGCGGCAACAUAACGAUCGAGAAUUUGCGGAGAUCUGACUUUGGGUACUACCAGUGCGUGGCAUCCAACGAGGUGGCCACUAUCGUGUCGGCGACGCAGCUGGUGAUCGAAGGCACACAGCCUCAUGCACCGUACAACAUCACGGGCACAGCCACGGAGUUCUCCGUCACCAUCUCGUGGAUGCCCGGCUACAGCGGAGGUCCGGACUACAAGCAGGACUACACGAUUUGGUACCGCGAAGGUGGCGUCUCGGAGUGGCAGACCAUCCCAGUGACUCCAUCCGGCAGCACUCAAGUCACCGUCAACCGUCUGUCGCCUGGGACAAUGUAUGAGUUCCAGGUGUCGGGCAAGAAUGUCCUCGGCGACGGGCUCAUGAGCAAGAUCAUGACCAUUCGCACUAUCGACGUGAAUGCGGCAAAGAAGGUGAUUCAGACAACAUCUCCGGCUCCGGUGAAUGAAAAUGAAUUCGUUCAUGCAUCCGAUGAUCUUGGCCCGAAGCCCGGGGUGCCGCGCAAUCUAACCGUGACGGAAGUUUCCAAUGGGUUCCUCAUCUCGUGGCAAACACCGCUGGAGCGCGCUCAUCUCAUCCAGUUCUACACGAUAAAGUAUCGCACAGACGCGCAGUGGAAGACACUGAACCGUGGCCAGAUUCGACCGGAGGACACGUCGUACCUGGUGAAGAAUCUCGUUGGCGGCCGCACAUACUAUUUCCGGGUGCUGGCUAACUCGCUAAAGAGCUACGAAUCCAGCGAGGAGGUCAAGUUUCCUGUGCCAGCGCGCGUCAAGCACAAAGCAAUUACGGCUGGCGUCGUUGGCGGAAUAUUGUUCUUUAUAGUCGCUAUCAUUCUAUCUAUUUGUGCUGUAAAAAUAUGUAACAAGCGAAAACGACGAAAACAGGAAAAAGCAUACAACAUGGUAGCUUGUAGGGUGACGGAUGCCCAAUACGGAAAACGAAGAUCAGGCUCCAGUGGCCCUAGUCAAGUGCCUUUGAGAAAAUUUAGAGAAGGCAGAAUACCAGGCUUAAAGGCUGUGGCCGCUGUUUUGAAUUGGGUCUGGCCACGCGAUCGCUGCACCAACUGCAACUCAAUUUACACCCUCUCGCUGUCUGACAUCGAGGAGCGCAACAGCUUGCGGCAAAUCCACCGGGCGCCGGAUGGACGCUUCGUGCUGGCCGACGACGCUCUGGAGGCCGACGAGGGCAUCGAUGUGGUGGAUGCGGGUCAACAGAGCGACGGAGGAGCUUCUCAGUGCAGCAGCAGUGACGACGGAGGCUUCUUGCCGCGUCGAAGUCGUGGGAGGGCGUCCUGGCGAAGACCUCUGGUGAUCUCGCCCAGUCAACUGAGCUCAGAUGGAUCCGGACACAGUCGGUACGGAUCGCUGCUUGGCCGUGCUGCACCUCUUCUCAUGCCGGCCACGCGAGCGCCUCUGCACCAAAAUCUGCACAUCAGCACGAUCAGUGGAGCAGGGACACUUCCAUACACACCAGCAUCGCGUCUCUCACGCUUCCAGGCCAGUUCGCCGGCCACAUCAAGCACGGCCGGCGGCUUGGUGUCACCCUGGUCGCCGCUGUACUUCAGUGAUCUCAGUUCUGUUCGACAGUCGAGUGCCGAGAGAUCUCUCCCUGCUCCCAUGGGCUCUCUGAGAUACCUCCAGGACCGCCACUUCCACGAGUUGCCGGCACUGAGGACGAUUCACGAGGAGACGCAGAGGAUGGCUCGUGGAUUCGUGCCCGUUGGUCCUCCGUCGCCUCACUGGCGAGGCUUCCACUAUUUGCCACAGACGCACCAGGGCUAUCGUCCCUCCCGGGGACGCUUCCUGCCGCGUCAGUGGCGCGCCCGCAGCGCCCCAGACCUCGCGUCGCCUCUCAGCUACCGCACGAUGGGCGUGGAGGCAUCGCCAGAGAGUCGCAGCAGUUCCAGUGGCUUCGGCAGCAAGAACACCUCCACGCAGCACAACCAGAGCUCCCAGUCCAGUGGUGGCGACUGGCGCUUCUUGCCACCUUAUCGGCCCCCUCCGCCGCCCCCGACAGCCCUCGGCUACACGCGCCCCCUGCGAAGGCCUCCCACCCCGCCCACGUACUCCAUGAGCCACUGGCUCGAUCUCGUGGCCAGGCUCAACAGCGCCUCCGAGCAGGCCAAUCUCAGCAAGGCCGUGGACGUGGGCAGCGUGGACGGUCACUAUGAGUUCGAUCCGUCCACGCCCACGCCCACCGCCUCGACGCCCACGGGGCCGCCGGCUCCGCACCUGCUGCAGCUAGAGCCCUUCUCCCUGGCCAGCGCCCUGCCGCCAGCCGCACCGGGGCCCAGUGGCAGGAAAAGGGUGUCCCGCUAUGACAACAUCGAGGCCCGCGUGCAGGCCAUGAAGGAGGAGUUCUACGCCUAUCGACAACGCCAGGCUCUGCGCAGGGCCGGCGUGGAGCUUGAGAGCGCCUGCUGAUGGAUCUCUGUCCCAUUUCGCGCAUUGUCGCCUGUCCGCCAAAGGCAACUUCUUCACCUCUUCUGAGUAGACUUUUAACAGCCCUUCAAAUCUACACGUUGAAACUUGGAAUCGCACAGUUUGUGGUGCAAUAGAAGGCCUAAUUAAAUUGUGCGAAUAAUUGCGUGGAACGCAGAGAGUAAGACUAUUUAGGCUGGCCACGAACUGUUGAAUAGUUGAAUUACCACCGCUUUGUGUUCGGUUUGCCUCACAAAUUCUCACAUUUCCGGGCAAUUUUCUCCUAAGCCCAUCUUUUUCUUCGCUGUCACGCGUCUCUCUUCUUGCGCUACUCUUGCCAAUGAAUGUGUUCAAAGAGGCGAACAAUGCAAAUGGAAUGGGAGAGAGAUUCUCGCCGCAAUGUGUGAGAGAGAGAGAGAGAAGUGUUGAACAUCUUGAGGUAGAAAUUGAAGUAAAAACUGUAAGGACAUUCUAGGCAUCUACAGACUGAAUACUAAGUAAUAGUGUGUUGCAUUUAAUAAUUUAUUUUUCUAAUAUUUGUAGCAAUUGUGACUGAUUUUUUCCAACUCUAAUUUUAGUGUUUCUAAUUAUUAAAGAAAUUCUCACACGCUCACGUAGUCGAUGAUUUGCGUUGAAACUUGAUGACGACAGAGAGAAUCGUAAUAUUAAUUUCCUGUAUUGUUAGCAGCACGAACAUAACUGAAAAUCUCUCUCUAAAUUUUCAUAAAGACUCUCCCUCUGCCCCACUGUAAUAUAGUUAUAUAUAUAUAGUAGGUAAAAUAUUGCGAGAGGAGGUGCGAAACAGAGAGAGAGAGAGAAAGCAUUCGCGGAUUGAGAACAACAUAAAACCCAUAAGGAUUCAUUAUAUAACAUAGCGAGUAAAGUGAAACUUUUAAAUGUAAUUUACGGAAGUAAUAUUUACAAUACAUUUUAGGAAUUAUAAAUGAGCAAACAAAUUCUAAUUAAUAACAUGAGAAGACAAAAAAUGUGCGCGUGGAUCAACGAUUAUAAAGUGUAGAGGGAGAUGAAGUAAUAUUAUAAAUUAUUGAAAUAACUUAUAUAACUCAUAGUCAUAAAUAAUAUUGUAAUUGAAGGUUAAAUUUAACAUUACAAUGUUUCAUUUGUAUUGAGGUGGUCAAAUGGCGAGAGAAAGAGAGAGAGAGAGAUAGAGAAGAAAACGUUGACGCGACUUCACUGAACAAAUAUUUAAUUACUAAAUACAUAAAUUAACUAGUGUGAUAAUGUAUUUACGGUGGAAAUUUGCUGAUGAGAAUCGGGAUUGACUCUGAGGAGAAAUCGAUAUGAUGGAGUGCGUGUGAGUGGCGAAGAAAACGAAGAUAUAAAAAAAUAUAGCGUGUAGAAUUUUUGCAUUUAUAAAGGCAGAACAGAAGGUGAGAAAACAAUUCAUCAGAUAGCAUAACAUAUAUAGAGGUAAUUUUUAACUAAAACCCGAAGGAAAGUCUCACAUAGAAAAAAAGACAUAUUCAGAGGAAGGGAUGACGUGAAAAAUGUUCUAAAUCUCACCAUAAGAUAGAAAACCAAUUGUCACUGUGAAAAUUCUAUCGUCUCUCGAACUCCUUUAAUCCUGAGACAAGAGAAAAAAAAAGUGUAACACGAAGAUGAGUGGGAAGAUUACUCAGUUUUCCACGUCUCUUUGUCAUCCCUCUUUUCACAUAUUUUCUGGAGAAGAAGAGAAGAAAAAAACAAUCCACUCUCGAUGGAAUUUGCAAAUCCAUUUCACGUGAUUUUCCCAUUUUUUGUAUCACACUUUGCAAUAUUUGAAUGCAAAUGAAGACUCUAAAUUUCAUCUCUCUGUAAACUCUCUUUGAAAAAGGUUUCUCAUUGAAAAGUGUAUAAAGGAAAUUUACUUAAAAAGAAAUCAUAUUAUUUAUAUUUAAUCAAGAAACUAAGAGAGAGAAAAAUCGUAGUUAAUAUGUUUAAAGUGAAAUGAAGAAGAUGAAAAGUAGAGGGAAAGAAAUUCACUCUGAAAAAAAAUUGAAUGAGAAUCACGAAUAAAUAUGUUAAGAUCAAAUACUAAGAACUGUAUAUGUCUAAAUUUAAAGCAUAACUAAACAGGAAGGAAUUCAUCAUGCAUAUAUAAUGUUUCCAUAUUCCAUUUUCUCCUCAGACACUUUUUUAUCACACAUUCGAAUAGCCGUAUAAAUAUGGUAGAAUUUUCGUACAUUCCGUUUUUUUUUCUCACACGAUAGAAAAGGUCUAAAUUCGUAAUGCAAACUCGAAAAAUUGUGUUUUCAUACUGCGAAAAUCGUCUGAUCGAAAGACUUCAGUUUGCGCCACCUCAGCUCAAAGAAAAAAAAAACUCGUUGCGAAUAUAAAAUUAAUUAAUUAACUUAGAUAAAAAUUUGUACAGUGAAAUGAGAAAAUAUUAAAAAAAAAUAAUGGCAAAUACUGAGAAAAGUAAUUGAAACAUCAUCAUAAUAUCAUAUUUCUCUUUUUCACUCGCUAAAGGAAGAAGAAAAAAAAAACAACAAACAAACAUAAAAACCAACAAGUAAUUAUUGAAGAAAGAUUGAAUAUUAAUGAAAAAAUAACAUAGAAUAAAUAUUAAUUUUACGUAGAGAUUGUCAAAUUGAGUUUCUGGCGGAUGAUAAAAGGAAAUCGAUUAAAACUAAUUAAUAAAAUGAAUGAAAAAAUAAUAAUUCUAACGCUUUAUCGAUCGCUCACCGUGACGAUCGACAGUUCUAUACAAUUUCACACCAACAAAAAAAAUGAAGCACAUUAUUAACAAACGAAUAUAAAAAAAUGAGAAAAAUAUGAUGAAAAAAGCACUUGAAUAACUAAAGUAAAAAAUAGGCAUUAACAAUUAUAAAUAUUUAAUAAACAAGAUGGAAAACUAUGCGAAAACAUCUUUAGAUAUUUAGAAAAAAAAAGAUAAAAGAAAAUGUGAGUGACAGAAUGUGACUAAUUUGUAGGCAUCUAAAGUUUUCGUUUAUUCUUCACUUUUUCCACUUUGAUAUUAUCGAAAACUAUCAACUUUGAGUACAAAUUUUAUCAAUUGAUUUCAUUUUUGUUUCUUACAAAAGUCGUAAGGCAAUUACUUAUAUUUAUAUUUCUUUAUCUGAAGUACAACAUAUUUUUAUUUAUAAUUUAUAAACUAUUUUAGAUCGCGCAGAGUGAGAAGAAGUAUGGAAAAAAACUAAUAUCAUGAUUAUUUGAGUGUGAAUGUAAAUAAAUACCACGUGAAUAAUUCUUCAAAGUAAAGUGAGAAAAGGAAAGAAAAACCAGAAAAUAGUUAAUAGAAAGAGUCUUUUAAUAUAUAUACAAAUACAAAAAAGGAGAUGAUAAAAGUUUAAAAAAAAACAUGAAAAAUACAACAAAACGUUUCAAUAAGUUUUUCAAAACAUGAAAAAAGAGAAAACAUUCUUUCGCACAAGACUUGCACGUCAUUUAAACAAGAAAAGAGAUAAUUAAUCAAUGAAAUCAAAUAAGAGAAUUGUCUUAGGUAUUUACUGUAUAGUUUUAAAGUGAUGGAACGGUCGGAGAGUGGUUGGUGAAUCUCAUGGAAUUGCUCAGCAAUUUUUGUGGUAUUCAAUGGGAUUUAAUGUGGUGAGCAAAUGUGAACAGAAAUCACCGUAGAUCAAUUUCUGAUGCGUUUAGAAUGCGAAGAUACGAAGAUUGAUGAAACAAAGCGAAAAUUCUAAAGAUAGACGAACAAACUUAAUCCUGUGCAGCAUCCCCAGAAAAAGCGCCCCAAAAUCAUUACCCCCAAUUUCCGCCUCAAUUAAUUUCCCAACCGCAUUUGGCACGAGAGGGCAAAACAGAUUGGUUUUUAGUGCAAAUAAUCACACUCACAGUCACUGUAAAACUUCUGCAUAUAUUGACAGACAAGAUAUGAAUAUUUAGUAAUUUUUAAUAAGACAAAUUAUUAACAGGACACAGUUUGAGAUGAUCGGUGAGCAUAUAUAUAUACAUAUAUAUUAAAGAAAAAAAAAGAUAUUUCACAAAAUGAGGGUAACAAAUUGAUAUAUUCAGUUCUGUUUUAGUUUUGAAAUCCUUUCAUUUGCAUUUCAUUCGGAGAGUAAAAAAAAAAGAAAA